AUAUUACAUUUCUGUGUGGGAGAAUACGAAGCAUUUGAGGCGCUACUGCUUUAUUCAUUAUUUGUUCUGAUGAUUGACUGUUCAUCAGUGUGUGACUGUGGGAUGCUGAUGAUGUCUGAACUGAGGUGUGUAAAAGGUAAAAGGUUCCCAGUAUCAGGUUAGCUCCCGUUAUCAGCUGUUAUCUCCUCCACACCCCACUCCUUUCUCUCUAUAUAUGCAUCCCAUGUAUGGUUUUCCUCAGACGGAGAUCUGCUGAACGUCAGGAUGAAGCUUCUCACGCUGCUGCUGCUGCUGGGGGUCGUCUCACUGGCCAUGUCUAAGGUUGUAAAGUCAUUUACAGAGUGUAUAGAGUUCUUCAUGGUCAACCCAGAGGAUCAGAAUAAAGUUAUAACCUCGGUCCUGGAGGGCGAGCGGUACAGGCAGAUCUGUCAGGUCUGGAACGGAAAGCAGAGUUUUGCCACUCUGUAUGACACAUACCACAGGAUCCCCGUCUACUCCGCCUACGUAUUUAAUCAAAAGAACAGAGGAUUUGGAGACGGAUUCGUUUGGAAGAUUGAACCACAGCUGGAUGAUCUUCCGGGCGAUGAGAUGAGAGCGUCCGAAGGGGAAAUCCUGAAGAAUCAGGCUGAGGACCCUGAUUACAACAUUGAGCAUGAAGGGUGUCGCUACACCAGAGGCCACGUGUUUCCAAGAGGUCAUGCUGUUGAUAAAGAUCAUACAGACUCCACCUACACACUCACCAACGCAGCACCGCAGCUAAUGGAGAAUAAUAAUAACUGGGCAACACAGGUGGAGAACGUGAUGCGCAGGCACAUUAAAGCAGGCUGUGUUAAUGAAGAGGCGUACAUUGUGGCCGGAGUGAUUCCAGGAGAAACAUGGCUGCCGAUAAAAAGAGGGUCGGAAGACAUUGAGCAUGGAGUCAACGUUCCCAAAUUCUUCUGGUCUGCUUAUUACUGCAAGAACAAAAAGAAUAUAGUUAAGUGUAAGGCCUUCCUCUCUGAGCAGAAACCCUGCAAGUCUACAGAGAAAAACAAACUUCAGCCACGCGAGAUGGGAAUUGAUGAGCUGAAUAAAAUUCUCUCAGAUUACUAUGAGCAGGACGUCAUCAUCUUUCCUGGGAAAUGAGCUUUAAUCCCCACUGUUUGAGUGUGGGCAUGUGUGUGUAGAUGCUGUGCUAAAUCCUUCCUCCAAACUAUAAACUUUUAUUUAAAACUAUAAAAUAUACAGAUUUUAUUUUCAUUUUAAACUGACAGACCUUUCUCUGAUGCUGAUGUUCACACUCUCAGGUAGGUCUGAUUUGCUCCUAAGAGCUUUUACCCACCUGUGGAGUCUGAGCAGCAGCAAGAGGGACAAACCACCAAAUACACAGAAAUUCUGAAACUGAAAAAAUGACUAAAGUAGUAGUGUUAACUCCCUGCACACCUGGGGUGGGGCCUAUGUACACUAUUAUUAUAGAAAAAACACUUGGUUUUGAUGAAUAAUUUUUUUUUUUUUUAUCAAGUCAUGUCCACAGUCAUUGGUUCUUUGCUAAUUUGUAUGGAUUUCUGUUGAGCCCUACUGCCUUUAAUUUAUAUAUUUAAAUGCUUGUUUUAUUGCCGGUUUGGCCAUUUCCUCUAAGAAACACUAUAUUAUUGUAGCAUGUUUUGCCACUCUUUGGCCAAUCUGUAAAAAUUGUACUUGGUGUGAAUAGGUCUUUAGGAUUCUGAACUCUGACCAUUCUCUCUCUCUCUCUCUCUUUCUCUCUUUGGGCUUCAAUAAAAGCUGUUUUUCUGUGCAUCCAAACAA